ACAGCCCGCCGGAUUCGGCUCAGUGUUUUACUCCUCACUCGGUCAGUCCUCCUAGGCCUAGCUGCUUUUCCUCCAACAAGCUAAAACCCUUAAACCAUCGCCUCUGCUCUCCCCGGCGGCGACCCCCGCCGCCGUCUCCACGCAUCUAUGCAUACUUAAUACCCCAUAAGAAAGUGAUAGAUAAAGAAACACACACAACCCCUACUUUAUUAUUCCAUCUUUAAUGUUAAGAGUUUCAAGAAUGAAAUCGCUUCUGAACGCAACACUUGCUAAACCCGCAGCUUUCUGCACCCAUUUGCAGGGAAGCGUUGUUGCCCGAAGAAGCUUCAACCUCACCAGGCCUUUUCAGACCCCUAGUUUCGUUCGAACCAAGAUUGCAGUUUCUCUAUUUGGGGUUUCAGCUGCUUCGGAACGUAAUCAACUUCGGAGCUUUCAAACCAAGGCCUCACUGCCGGAACCCGGGGAGAUUCAUGUGAUUGUGGGGCCUAUGUUUGCUGGGAAAACCACAACUCUUCUGGAAAGGAUCAAGGCCGAGAUCGGCAAUGGCAGAAAUGUUGCAAUUAUAAAGUCAGACAAGGAUACUAGAUAUGGAUUGGACUCUAUUGUGACACAUGAUGGAGAGAGAAUGCCAUGCUGGCCUUUGGCAAAUCUAUCAUCAUUCAAACAAAAAAUUGGUUCGGGAGCAUAUGAUAAGUUGGAGGUGAUUGGCAUUGAUGAGGCUCAAUUCUUUACGGAUCUAUAUGAGUUCUGCUGUGAAGCUGCUGAUCAUGAUGGCAAAACUGUAAUUGUUUCUGGUUUGGAUGGGGACUACUUGAGAAGGAGCUUUGGCUCUGUGCUAGAUAUAAUUCCAAUUGCUGAUACCGUAACCAAGUUAACAGCUCGAUGCGAACUUUGUGGGGAAUGUGCACACUUUACGCUUAGGAAGACCGAGGAGACGAGAACAGAAAUAAUAGCUGGGGCAGAUGUGUAUAUGCCUGUAUGCCGGAAGCACUAUGUGAGUGGCCAAGGGUUGAAAAAAGCUGCUAGAGAUGUCCUGGAAUCUCAGCAGCAGGUCGAGCGCAUUCAAUUUUGCGACACUGCUGAUGCUAUAGCGUGAUCUGUAGUUAGUUGUUGAUCAGCUCAGGUGUAUCCACAACUGACCUAUUAGUUCACUUCUGUGGGAUUUUUAGCGUUACCAUGUUUGUAAUUUGCGAAAAUUGUUAUAAGAUAAUUGUAAAAUUCGUCCUUACUUGUUGGUUGUGUUUACUUUUCGUUCUUAAGUUAUAACUGACAUUGAAAAGUAAGCACGACUAAUAAGUAGGGACAAUUAUUUUAUAACUUGGUAACAAAAACUGCAAUUUUCCAUUUAUGCUUCUUAGCUUUGUAAGAAGGUAGUUAGCGCAUGAUGUUCAAUUUGUGUAGAUAUAUGGUGCAGAGGGCAUCUUUAGACAAUGCCUCUGAAUGAUGCUUUACUAAUGAAUUCUUGGGUUUAAUUUUC